AUGCCACAGAAAGAAUACUAUAACCGGAGCACCUGGGAGACAGGAGUUGCCAGCAUGAUGCAAAACAAGGUGUAUGACAUCUGUAAUGAAGGUCACAGCGGAGUGAACCAGCUUGGCGGGGUGUUCGUUAACGGCAGACCGCUGCCCGACUCCACCAGACAGAAGAUAGUGGAGCUCGCGCACAGCGGUGCACGACCGUGUGACAUAUCCAGGAUAUUGCAGACCCAUGAUGGUGCAAAAGUGCUGGACAAUGAAAACGUGUCCAACGGCUGUGUGAGCAAAAUUCUGGGCAGGUACUAUGAAACGGGCUCCAUCAGACCCAGGGCAAUUGGAGGAAGUAAACCCCGAGUAGCAACUCCAGAGGUGGUGGGGAAAAUUGCCCAAUAUAAGAGAGAGUGCCCGUCUAUCUUCGCCUGGGAAAUCCGCGACAGACUGCUAUCAGAGGGGACCUGUACGAACGAUAAUAUACCCAGUGUGUCGUCGAUAAACAGAGUAUUGCGCAACCUGGCUAGCGAAAAGCAACAGAUGGGCGCAGAUGGCAUGUAUGAGAAGUUGAGAAUGCUGAACGGUCAGACAGGGACAUGGGGGAGCCGACCGGGCUGGUACCCCGGAACCUCCGUGCCAGGACAGCCCAAUCAAGAUGGCUGUCAGCAGUCGGAUGGGGGAGGGGAGAACACCAACUCGAUAAGUUCAAACGGGGAGGACUCGGAAGAGACACAAAUGAGACUCCAGCUGAAACGGAAAUUGCAGCGGAAUCGCACAUCCUUCACGCAGGAGCAAAUCGAAGCGCUUGAGAAAGAGUUUGAACGAACACAUUACCCUGACGUGUUUGCCCGGGAACGCCUCGCAGCCAAAAUUGACCUCCCAGAAGCCAGAAUACAGGUGUGGUUCUCGAACAGGAGAGCAAAGUGGCGGCGGGAGGAGAAGCUGCGUAACCAGAGACGGCAGGCCAGCAACUCGUCCAGCCACAUACCGAUCAGCAGCAGCUUCAACACCAGCGUCUAUCAGCCCAUACCGCAGCCCACAACGCCAGUAUCCUUCACGUCGGGGUCCAUGCUGGGGAGAUCAGAUUCUCUCACGAACACGUACAGCGCCCUGCCUCCCAUGCCCAGCUUCACUAUGGCUAACAACCUGCCUAUGCAAGCUCCCGUACCCAGCCAGACCUCGUCCUACUCCUGCAUGUUACCCACUAGUCCGUCUGUAAACGGCCGCAGCUAUGACACGUACACGCCCCCUCAUAUGCAGGCACAUAUGAACAGCCAAUCAAUGACCGCGUCAGGCGCCACAUCAACAGGACUCAUCUCUCCUGGAGUAUCGGUGCCAGUCCAAGUGCCAGGCAGUGAACAGGACAUGUCUCAGUACUGGCCCAGACUACAAUAAGGAGAGAAGGAGAGCAACAGAGAGACACUACUUCUUCCUUCCUUCCUUCCUUCCUUCCUUUCCCACCCCCCAUCACCUCAACCUCCUGUGACAUUUGGCCACAAGACAGCUAUGUUUUGUGGCAGUAUUUUAUUCCAGAGGAGACGAGACAUCAGACUCUUAGGGACGAUUUUUUUUUCUACUGGGAUUGUGCCAUUCUCUAUGAACUUUUUGGACACGAAGACUUGAAGAUGGACAGAAAAAGACAAAUUACAAUGAGAUAAAAAGAAAAAAAACUUCUGUAAAGUGCCCUGUGUUAUAAAUGGAACAUAAAAAAGCUGUUUUCAGUUUCCAACUUGUCAUUUUUUGAUGUAUUUGUAAAUGGCCAAUUGUAUGUUUAGACGGAAAAAGGAAAAAAAAAGAACAACAGAAAUGGAUGGACUGUCCCUGUUAAGUCAAUCUGACAGCUAUUGAGAAGAAACACCCUUUUUCAAGGAAGAUGCUCUGCCCUGCAUAAUAUUAUCAGAUAAUAUCAAGCACUUCUACCAUUUUGUUUACCACGUUUGGGAUCUGGAGGGUUGGAGAGCUGCACCGAGUUCUUGAAGCCACGGUUCACCAUUGCGUAAACAAAGGCCCACUUAUCAGUCCUUUCCCCGAGCUUGCUGGGAGAUGUA